AUGGCUUCCCCAAAAAACCACCAACAUGAUCCUCCUCUUCACUUUGUUCUCUUCCCUUUCAUGGCUCAAGGGCACAUGAUUCCCAUGGUUGAUAUUGCUAGGCUCUUGGCUCAGCGUGGAGUGACCAUAACAAUUGUUACCACGCGUCACAACGCAGGGAGGUUCAAGAAUGUCUUAAACCGUGCCAUCGAGUCUGGUUUGCCCAUCAACCUAGUGCAUGUAGACUUGUCAUAUCAAGAAUUUGGGUUGCCAGAAGGACAAGAUAAUAUCGAUUCGCUUGACUCGAUGGAGUUGAUGGUACCUUUCUUUAAAGCGGUUAACAUGCUUGAAGAGCCGGUCAUGAAGCUCCUUGAAGAGAUGAAACCUACACCAAACUGUUUGAUUUCUGAUUUAUUGUUGCCUUAUACAAGCAAAAUCGCAAGGAAGUUGAAUAUACCAAAGAUUAACCUCGAGAUCUUGAAGAAUUUAAAGUCGGAGAAAGAGUACUUCUUUGUUCCUAAUUUUCCUGAAAGAGUUGAAUUCACAAAGCCUCAAGUUCCCGUAGAAGCAAAUGCCAGUGGAGAAUGGAAAGAGUUUAUGGACGAAUUGGUCGAAGCAGAAAACACAUCAUACGGUGUAAUCCUCAACACAUUUCAGGAGUUGGAAGCUGCUUAUGUCAAAGACUACAAGGAGGCUAGAGCCGGGAAAGUAUGGUCCAUUGGACCCGUUUCCUUAUGCAACAAAAUAGGAGCAGAUAAAGCUAAGAGGGGAAACAAGGCGGUCAUUGAUCAAAAUAAAUGUUUUAAAUGGCUUGAUUCUAAAGAAGAAGGGUCAGUGCUAUAUGUUUGCCUUGGAAGUAUCUGCAAUCUUCCUCUGUCUCAGCUCAAGGAGAUAGGGUUAGGUCUAGAGAAAUCCAAAAGGCCUUUUAUUUGGGUUAUAAGAGGUUGGGAAAAGUAUAAUAAGCUUUCUGAGUGGUUCUUUGAGAGCGGCUUUGAAGAAAGGGUCAAAGAGAGAGGGCUUCUAAUCAAAGGAUGGGCACCUCAAGUACUUAUCCUUUCACAUCCUUCUGUUGGAGGAUUCUUGACUCAUUGUGGAUGGAACUCGACUCUAGAAGGAAUCACUUCAGGUGUUCCACUGCUCACUUGGCCGUUAUUUGGAGACCAAUUCUGCAACCAAAAACUGGUUAUUCAGGUUCUUAAAGUCGGUGUAAGCUCUGGGGUGGAAGACGUUAUGAAAUGGGGAGAGGAGGAGAAAAUAGGAGUGCUGGUGGAUCAAGGAGGAGUAAAGAAGGCAGUGGAAGAAUUAAUGGGUGAGAGUGAUGAAGCAAAAGAGAGAAGAGGAAGAGUCAAAGAGAUCGGAGAAUUAGCUCACAUGACUGUGGAUGAAGGAGGUUCUUCUCAUUCUAAUAUCACGCUCCUCUUAGAAGAUAUAUCACAACUACUAGCACAAUCCAAGAACUGA